AUCUCGGAGCUGGGUGCUGUGGGUGCGGGUGCCGUAUUGGGUGGGAGCCGGGCGCUGUGGGUGCAGGUGCCAUCUCGGAGCUGGGUGCUUUGGUUGCGGGUGCUGUCUCGGGUGGGAGCUGGGCGUGUUUGCGGCUGUUGGUGUCAUCUCGGGUGGGAGCUGGGCGUCUGCCUUCCUGUACUGCAGCCUCCGCUCCUCUCUGGCUGUGCUCUCUGCUGCUCCAGGCUGGCAGCAGAUCUUGAGGAUGCAGCCUCUGGAAGCUCUCAGGGCUCCUGAGUUUUGGGGUGUUUGACCUCCAGCCUGCUCAGCCCCGAGUCACCUUUGAGCUUUGGGGGUGUCAGGUCUCUCCCCUGCAAAGUGGGGUGAUAGUCCCAUGCUGGUUGGGGUAAGACCUCGGGGGAGCGAGACCGGGCUCAGCCUGCAGGAGAGAUCGAGGGCAGUUGUGGGGUCUCACCGAUCUCUGCUGGGAUUCCUGAAAGGAGCUGGGGACUCAGCAGAUGGAAAGGGCCCUCUCCGCCAGGUGCUGCGCCCAAGCAGAACCGACUCGAGGACAGAAAGAUGCUGGCUGGGCACGCCUGGAGCCUGGGCUCCGCAGCCUCACCUGACUCAGGUGCUGUUUUCCUUGCUGGGGAGCAGGGGCCCAGCCGGGGUCUUGAGGCAGCCCUGUCCUCAUCAGCUGCGCUCAGACCCGUCCACAGGAGGCUGGGCUGCCUGGUCACAGGCAGUCCCGUGGAGCGGGUUUCACUCUUAGCCUGGCGACUGCCCCGUCUGAGGUGGAGGUAGAGCUGGUGGGGUGAGGCCCACGGUGACCCCAGUGCGGACCGGCUGCUGCUUCACUCAUCACGGUGCAUUGGUAGAUGGUUGAAAAGAGAGAGGCCUCGUUUUCAGGAUGACCAUAUAGACAUAUCACCCGUGACACCCAUGUGUGCCCCCUUUCUCGCCCUCCGAUGCUCCUCCCCCUCCUCACUCCCCAGCAUCCCUAGGCAGCCCUGGGCCAGUGGGGUGAGCUGCCCAGAGUUGGCUGACCCAUCAGCCUGGGUGCAACGCUGCUGCACUCCCACACCUACAUCCUGAGGCGUGGCCACCUGCUGUCCAUCACCCCCAACACCCCAGAUCCCCGGAUCCUUCUGAUGGCGACGGCUCUGCCGGUCUGUUCUGGCUCAUGUGCUGUGUGCCCUGGCCCGCUGGCACUCAGCUUACAUUUGAACCUCGUCUUUAGAGUUAAGGUCCCACCUGUGCUGUGGACCAGACGUGGGCUUCCCAGUGAGUGGGUGGCAUCUGAUAGGUGAGGCUGCUUAGGAAGCCUGGCACACCCUGUCCCUCAGCAGGGUGGGCCUGGGUAAGUCUGCCCGCCGCAUGGGAGGGAGUGUGGAGAGAUGAAGAGAUGAGGGAGCCCGAGAACGCACGGCCUCACGUCUCACCCCAAGGGAGGCUCUCAACGGCUGUGGAGCCCUCGCUACUCCGUCUUCAGGCCGCUGAAGGACACAGGCAACCACGGACAAGACUUAGUUGCUCAGCGGAACUCACUGCCCCUACCGGUGCCUCUCACUGCUGAUCUUAGGGUCUUGGCGUUCCUUAGGGGCCUGGUGCUCCAUGUGCACCGUCCCUCCAGCUGGCACCUCGGGGGUUAAGCGCUGGUGGCUGCACACACUCAUGCUCCCGGCUGGGGCGCCUGCGGCACCCCGGGGGUUAAGCGCUGGUGGCCGGACACAUUCACACUCCAUGCCCACGUGGUUUCCUGCAGCUGCCUGUAAGGUGCAGUUUAAAAAUUCAAGGCGUGGGAUGAUUUUGUGCAGCCGCCGCUCGAAGCUCAGAGCGGGCACACGCCUUGUCUGUGCAGCUUUGCCUGGACCUCCCCUGUGUGUGCGCCAGCCGCACAUUGUGGGGCUGGGUGCUCGGGCUGGCAGGGAUGCUGGGGUGCACAUUUGAGUACUGCAGCUGCACGGGCGGGUGGUGAUGACCGUCACCUGGCCAGAACCCCCUGAGAAGCUCCACAUACUCUUUUUCUUUUUGGAUUCAGCAGUCCCUUUUUCAAAGGAUUUGUUGUUGGAUGUUGUCUUCCAGAUGUUCCUCUUGACUCCAUUGUGUGUAACCUUUUAGGGGAACACGUGCUUGUUAUCUGGUCUUGACGUUCACUUAUAAUUUGGGGCUGCAGAAUGUGGCGGGAACCAGGCACGGUGCUGCAUGCCUUUGCUCCCAGCUACUUGGGAGGCUGAGGUGGGAGGAUCACAGAAACCUAGGAGUUGGAGACCAGCCUGGGUGACAUAGUGAGACCCCAUCUCAAAAAAUUUAAAAAAUGGGAUAUGGCAAGAGCCGUGAAGAGUUCAGCUGAGUUGUCUUGGGCCUUUUGCUUCACCUCUUUGUGAACUUGCUGGCCCCCACGCCAGGAUAGGGGGCCGGCGACCUCGCAAAGGCUGGGUGCGUGUGGACACUCCGGGGCUGAGGGAGCACUGGCCAGGGCACAGGCUUGGGUGGGUUCCCCCUCUCAGGCCAGACCUUGUGCCUGUUGUCACCUGCCACCCCAACUCGGCUGAAGCCAGUUCCCAAUGUCCAAGGGGCCCGAGAGCUGGGAGGUGGAUCCAGGAUCCUUAGUCACAGGGGCACCAUGAAAACCGCAGGACAGUUCCCUGGCGGCUUCCUGAGCUCAGAGGUCGUGGCGUCCAUCCUGGGAAUUUAUUGGAUGCCAAAGAACGCCGAGAAGCACGAGGAGCCCUGGAGCUGCCUCCCCCGGGGUCCCACCGUCUCAGGCUUCCUGAUCCUGCUCCUCAGCACAGGGCAGUCUGCCCUCGGCCUGAGGCUUCCUGCAUCUGCUGUCCUUGGCUCGUAGGAUGGUGUCCUGCCAGGCCGGCAGCAUCUUGGCCACCCAGGGUGGAUGGUGGAGGGGCCACGUGGCUGUGGGCCUGUGCCAGCCCUAGCUGGGGUUCCCUCUCUUGUGGGGUCUGUGCUGCUGGCCAUGCUCCCGUCUCCUCCCCUGCCCUGGGCAGCACCUGCUCACGUCCAAGUGGCUUCCCUUCAGCCAGGCUCCUUCACACCAAAUUCUGUCCCCUUUGUCUUUGAUCCCUUCCCUGCACACCUUGAACCCUAGGUCGAGUGAGCCUGGGGUAGGGCCCAUGUCCUCUCCUGCCGAGGCUGGUAAACCUUAGACUUGCCCCCACCCCACCCGUCUGUGUGGUUUGCUGCUGAUCCCCAGAGGUCUUGACUUCAUCCCGACCGUGAGAGGCCACCGCAGUGGUGCAGCUCCCUCCUGACCGCAGUGCAGUCCCAGGGGGCCAUCGCUGGGCCCUGCCCCACUCCACAGGGCCACACAGCAGGGACCAGGCAGUCACACCCAUGGUUGGAGCCGGUGGAAGUGAUUUCCAGGCAGGGGCAGGCGCCUGGGCCAGGGCUGGGGCCGGCGUCCGUGGAGGUACUGGGUGUGCCAGGGCGCUUCGUAGGUGGUUUGUGUGUGGCAGGGCCUGGGCUCUGGGGUCUGUGUCUGCCUCUCCUGCUCCCUCCUGGCCCCGGGGCCAGCGUGGUCCUGGAGACUGACCCAGCAUGACCUACCUGUGGUCCCCGUGAGCCCUGUGGUUGUGGCCAGAGUGGGUAGCGGCAUCCAGGGCGGCUGUGAGAGUGGAGGGAGACUCGGGUCACGGCCAGGCACACAGCCACACACACAUGCUCACCCGCAUAAGCACACCCGUGUACGGUUCACGCUUGUGCGUGCCCACUCACAUAGGCAGAUGUGCACGCACAUAUGUGCUCAUGCCCGCACACAUAUGUGAUGCCUCCCCGGGGUCUGCAGGGCUGCUUUCCUCACGCUGAAUCCCUCUUCACGGUGGCCAGGCCCAGGCAUGUCAUCUUUGCAGGCAGAGGGUGAGCAACUGUGUGCUAGGCAGCCCUUCCGUAUCUUCCCAGAAAGGGAAGCCAAGCCCGGGGCUCUGUGCAUCCCCCACCCCUGCCCUGCGGUGGAUGGGAUCCUGCCGGCCCUGGGCACUGUUCUCUGGAGAAGCAGCCAGGCCUAGCACUACUUUUAGCGGGACACGUGUCACAGGAGCCAGGUGACUGUCACCUCUGGGUCCCCUCAGGGCUGCAUGAAUCCCUUUCCUCUUCUCUCUCCACAGAAAUCUGUGCCCCUGACACGGAGCGUUUGGCUUUGGGAACAGGCCUAGCAGUUGCCAGCAUGAGGGCGGGAAUGACUUGGGAGUCUGGGUGGCCAGGAGGUGCCUGAGAUGCCUGGGAUAGCUCGAGAGGCAGCCCCGUGUGUGCUGACCCGGGAGGAGGGCAUGGUUGUGAGGUGGAGGCUGGCACAGGCGGUUGGGCCCUGGCUUUGCGGCCACUCACCAGCGGCUGACGUGGCCUACUCUGUCUGCUCAUCUGGGCGGCCUUGUGGGUUGUGCUGAUUAAAGGGAGGUACAUCUGUGAAGCACCUGGCCCUGGUCAGUGCUCAGAGCGUCUGUGGUCAUGGUGAGUAGAACCCCGCAGCUCCUGGAAGGGUGAGAGGACCCGGAGAGGCUUCCUCUGCCAGACUCAGCUGUGCUUUGGGGAGGGGAUGUGACCCAAGGCCAGCCCAGCCGUGGUCCUGGGAGGCAGCAUCGUCCAGUUAGGGCUUCCUGCGUGUCGCCGGGGGCCUUGCUCUGGUUUCUGGCUGACCUUGUUGGGCACUGGGCGAUCCUAGUGGGGGUUCUGCUCGCUGGAGCGAGAGGACCCUCUGGGGCGUGGGACCGGCGGUGGCCUGGACAUGAGCAGAGGGGGAAAGUCCUGCUUCAGGCAGCCUUUCAGGGAGGGACAGGGAUCACCCGAGAGUGACCUGCCAGCAGCAGGGGCGGCCCUCCUGCUCUGUUUGUGUCCGCAGCACGUGGUCAGUGCCUGGCACUGGAAACAGUAGCUCAGCAAAUAUUUGUCCAUCAAAGGAGUACGGGGGCCGGACCACCCAGUUCCGGCCCCUCCUCUGCAGACCAGGAAAUGGAGCCAUUUGCCGCAGGGGAGACGUUCUCUUCCAGAUGGCUGAAGUCCACAGGCAGAUCCAGAAUCAGCUGGAAGAAAUGCUGAAGUCUUUUCACAACGAGCUGCUCACACAGCUGGAGCAGAAGGUGGAGCUGGACUCCAGGUAUCUGAGUGCUGCGCUGAAGAAAUACCAGACUGAGCAAAGGAGCAAAGGCGACGCCCUGGACAAGUGUCAGGCUGAGCUGAAGAAGCUUCGGAAGAAGAGCCAGGGCAGCAAGAAUCCUCAGAAGUACUCGGACAAGGAGCUGCAGUACAUCGACGCCAUCAGCAACAAGCAGGGCGAGCUGGAGAAUUACGUGUCCGACGGCUACAAGACCGCACUGACAGAGGAGCGCAGGCGCUUCUGCUUCCUGGUGGAGAAGCAGUGCGCCGUGGCCAAGAACUCCGCGGCCUACCACUCCAAGGGCAAGGAGCUGCUGGCGCAGAAGCUGCCGCUGUGGCAACAGGCCUGUGCCGACCCCAGCAAGAUCCCGGAGCGCGCGGUGCAGCUCAUGCAGCAGGUGGCCAGCAACGGCGCCACCCUCCCCAGCGCCCUGUCGGCCUCCAAGUCCAACCUGGUCAUUUCGGACCCCAUUCCGGGGGCCAAGCCCCUGCCGGUGCCCCCCGAGCUGGCACCGUUCGUGGGGCGGAUGUCUGCCCAGGAGAGCACACCCAUCAUGAACGGCGUCGCAGGCCCGGAUGGCGAGGACUACAGCCCGUGGGCUGACCGCAAGGCUGCCCAGCCCAAAUCCCUGUCUCCUCCGCAGUCUCAGAGCAAGCUCAGCGACUCCUACUCCAACACACUCCCCGUGCGCAAGAGCGUGACCCCAAAAAACAGCUAUGCCACCACCGAGAACAAGACUCUGCCUCGCUCGAGCUCCAUGGCAGCCGGCCUGGAGCGCAAUGGCCGCAUGCGGGUGAAGGCCAUCUUCUCCCACGCUGCUGGGGACAACAGCACCCUCCUGAGCUUCAAGGAGGGUGACCUCAUUACCCUGCUGGUGCCUGAGGCCCGCGAUGGCUGGCACUACGGAGAGAGUGAGAAGACCAAGAUGCGGGGCUGGUUUCCCUUCUCCUAUACCCGGGUCUUGGACAGCGACGGCAGUGACAGGCUGCACAUGAGCCUGCAGCAAGGGAAGAGCAGCAGCACGGGCAAUCUCCUGGACAAGGACGACCUGGCCAUCCCACCCCCCGAUUACGGCGCCGCCUCCCGGGCCUUCCCCGCCCAGACGGCCAGCGGCUUCAAGCAGAGGCCCUACAGUGUGGCCGUGCCCGCCUUCUCCCAGGGCCUGGAUGACUAUGGAGCGCGGUCCAUGAGCAGUGGCAGCGGCACGCUGGUGUCCACAGUGUGAGGACGCUGACCCCAGGCAGCCGCUGCUCUGAAGAGCUUCCGCGCCUUCCCCCUGGUCUCGUCCGUUUUCCUCCUCAGCUCUCGCUGGUUUGUUCUUGGGUUGUUUUUCUUUUCCACCUGCCCCUUGCCUUUUGGUUGGUGACCCCAGACUCUGUGAUCCCCCAGGGUCCAUGGUGCUGCUCCAUCCGCCCCCCCCCCCACCCCCCGUGUUUACGCGCCCCAUCCUGUGUGUCCCAGCCUUUUGAGCAGAAACUGCCAGGCAGGACCUGCUGGGCCGUGCGGGGCACCCUCGGCCUCACCCUGCAGUGUCUGUGGCACUCACUGCUUUUCUAAGGCUCGCCGUGAGCCAGGUCUAAAGUUUGAAGAAAAAGAAAAAUCUUAAAAAAAAAAAAAAAAAAAAAAAAAAAAAGAAAAACAGGAAAAAGGACUUUUUUUUUCCUGAAAUACAAAAACUGAUCUGCAUGGACUCCGGUGUGCGCUGUUAUCUCGCAUCCGACUUCCCCGGUGCGAUGGCCUCUGUCCGGACAGGGAAGGUGCUGGGGUCCCUGGCCGCCCCGGCCCCUGUGGAGGGGUGCACAGAGAAAGGGGGCUCGUGCCAAGCUCGAGGGGCCUCCUGAGGAAGCCGGCUGCUCCUGUGAGGGAGGCCGGGCCCGGGCACCUGAGGGCUUCUCCCUCCGGACACUGCGGGCCAGGUGUACAUAGAGCAGUGCGGCCCGGUGGCCUCACCUCCUGUCGGGCACUGGCGGGAGCAAGGUCGGGGGCAGGCGCUGCCCAGCUGGCCGCACACGGACAUUCCAAAGACCUCCAGAGACCACCCCACCCCCACAUUCCUUUGACCAGCCUUGUGAGGGCAUCGAUGCUGCCCCGGGCUACCUGGCUGCUCCGGGCAGGGUGUGCGGGCCGGGCCCGGCUGGGGGAGGGCAGCUCUGGGCACGCCGCACCCACGCCCCCCACCUGGGGGAAACAGGCGGUUCCUGCCCGGUUCUUCCUAAACGCUCUCGUCUUUUUGUGUGUCUUGGUGACUUUAGAAACAAACACAGUGGACUCAGUGGCUACUGGUAUUGUCUCUUCCCACACUGAACUCUGGGGAAUUGAGUGCAGGGCACAGCCCGGCUCAGCCUGCCCGCUGGUGGGAGCCCCUGGGAAGCUGCGGCGCUCCUUUAUCUGAUGUGGUUUAGUAAAAGCCUCCCGCACACCUCCCCGUGGGCUGGGACGUGGCUGGUAGUGUUUGUGUGGGAAGCAGCUUAAGACGCGGACCGCGUGACAUUAAGGAGAGCGCAAGGGCGGACCGGGCCCUGUGUAGAGACCCUUCCGCGCCGGCGUUCCCGCUCCGCUAAAGAUUUCAAAUCCAGGGGAUUCCAUGCUCAAUGGAUGAAUGUAGACACAAAACAGCAACACUUGUAUGAAGAUGUAAAGUGCUGAACAUAUUUUUUUCCUGUUUCCUUUCCUUUUUUAAAAAAUCUGAAUUGUGCCCUGUACUGCAGUUACUUGUUUGAAUAAAAGUUUUAUUUAUUGCACGA